UGUCCGCCGAUUCGUGUGGCGCUCUCUCUGCUAUCAUCAGAUCCGAUGCUGGCUGCGCGUACUGCCGCCACCAACACGACACCUCCGUGAGUGCAACAGCAGCAGCAGGCGGAAAAAAGGAGAAACAAACAGAUUGAAAACGAGGGAUAGAGAGAAGAAAAGACAAGAGUGAGGUCGUGGUUUCCCUUCUCUCUCCGGUCCGAGGAGUGAUGCUGCUGGGCGGGGGCUUCCUCCGUGCACCUUUUGGCGGCAGAUGAUGAUGAGCGCUUCAACGCUCUUUUUCCACUAUGAGGACAAUGUUCUCCUCUGGUUCCUCUCCACCCGGGAUUCCACUUCCUCCCUGUAUUUUGGAUUAUAGAUGAUUCUGGAGGAGGACAUUCUUUUUUCACCCUUACAUCAAGGAGGUGGAAGAGGAAGGGGUGAGGAGAUUUAAGCACCCGAGCAAUCACGCCCAAAAUCAACAACCGACGCCUUGGUGGUGGGGAGGAGGAGGAGGAGGAGGAAGACGAGGAGGAGGAGGUGGAGGAAAGAGUGGGGGGAUGCCGCACUGUCCAUCAUCAAACAUCAACAAAUGUCAGCGGGAUUUUGGGGAAGCCCCCCAGCUCACACGGCGCGUGUAACCCGAAUGGCGCGGCCACAUUGCGGAUAAUUUCCAGGCACAGCGUCAAUUGAUUAUUCAAACUCUUCUUAAUCUUCUGCCGAUUUUUUUGCAAGAAGAGGAGAGGAAAAGAAAAGAAAGAAAGAGGAGAGCCGUAUUUGUGGGUGGGGGUACAGAAACGGGUCUUGAUAAAGGGGGAAAAGCCAACUGCGGAUGCUGUCAGGAUGCGGUAGGCUGCUGAGAGGAGGUGGAGGAGGAGGAGGAGGAGGAAGGGGGGGCAACGACGCAGUCUUCAGCACGAGUGGAGAUGAUUUCAAUCUUCAUCAACACAGCCAGAAAAUGGAGUUUAUUUUUUAUGUCAUUUUCUGAGUAGGUGUUGUUGAGAUUACAUAAACUCGGACAAACCGCUCCCUCCCUACAUGGCGGUACCUCCCCAUCACUGAAGGAGAGCAUCUCUACAGAGAGGAGGAGGAGGCUGGUGGCAUGUGGAGGCGUCCCUCCGAGCUCCCUUCUAACCUCUGGCGUUCGGUGUCUGCAGAAUGGCGCGCUUUGGAGACGAGCUCCCCAACAGGUAUGGAGGAGGACAAGGAGGACAAGGAGGGGGUGGCGGACAAGGCGGAGGUGGCGCCGGCCGUGGGGGCAGCCGCCAAGGGGGGCCCCCCGGGGCGCAGCGGAUGUACAAGCAGUCCAUGGCUCAGAGGGCCCGCACCAUGGCCCUGUACAACCCCAUCCCAGUGAGGCAGAGCUGCUUGACUGUCAACCGAUCGCUUUUCCUCUUCAGCGAGGACAACCUGGUGAGGAAGUAUGCCAAAAAGAUCACAGAGUGGCCUCCGUUUGAAUGGAUGAUCCUUACCACAAUCAUUGCAAACUGCAUUGUGCUGGCACUGGAGCAGCACCUGCCUGACGACGACAAGACACCUCUGUCCGAGCGGCUGGAGGACACAGAACCCUACUUCAUUGCCAUCUUCUGCUUCGAGUCAGGUAUCAAGAUCCUGGCGCUGGGCUUUGCGCUGCAUAAGGGAUCGUAUUUGCGCAAUGGCUGGAAUGUCAUGGACUUCGUGGUCGUUCUCACUGGUCUUUUAUCAUCAGUGCGCUCUCAGAUCGACCUGAGGACGCUCCGAGCCGUCCGAGUGCUUCGACCUCUCAAACUGGUGUCAGGAAUUCCCAGCCUGCAGGUAGUGCUCAAGUCCAUCAUGAAAGCAAUGAUCCCGCUGCUGCAGAUCGGCCUGCUGCUUUUUGUGGCCAUCCUCAUGUUCGCCAUCAUCGGCCUAGAGUUCUACAUGGGAAAGUUCCACACCACCUGCUAUGAUGACAUUACGGGUGAGAUCGUGGACAAGGUUCCAUGUGGCCCUAAGUUGCCAUCGAGGAUGUGCCCCAAUGGCACUACAUGUCGGGAUGGCUGGAUCGGGCCCAACUACGGAAUCACACAGUUUGACAACAUUCUAUUCGCCGUACUCACAGUCUUCCAAUGCAUCACCAUGGAGGGCUGGACUGAAAUGCUCUACUAUAGUAAUGAUGUUGAGGGGAGCGCGUGGAACUGGAUGUACUACAUACCUCUCAUUAUCAUUGGCUCCUUCUUCAUGCUCAACCUGGUGCUGGGCGUCCUCUCAGGUGAGUUUGCCAAAGAGCGAGAACGAGUAGAAAACCGGAGCGAAUUCCUCAAGCUCCGGCGGCAGCAGCAGAUUGAACGUGAGCUUAAUGGCUACCUGGAGUGGAUCUGCAAAGCAGAGGAGGUUAUCCUGGCCGAAGAUGAAGGCACAGGAAAUUUUAAUGGUUCUCGGCGACGGCCGACCGCAAAGAGCAAGAACAACAAGGCAGAGCUGCUCAACACGGAAGAAGGCGAGGACAGCAUGGGAGAUGCUGUCGGGUUCGCCCGUUCCAGCAUCAAGAGUGGCAAGGAUGGUUCCAGCUACAGCAAGAAGGAAAGACGGCUACGCAUCUUCAUCCGCAAGAUCGUCAAGACGCAAGCCUUCUACUGGACCGUUCUAUGCCUUGUGGGCCUCAACACUAUCUGUGUGGCGGCUGUGCACUAUGACCAGCCGAAACUGCUUUCUGAUUUCCUGUUUUAUGCAGAGUUCAUUUUUCUGGGUUUGUUCAUGUCUGAGAUGCUGAUCAAGAUGUAUGGUCUUGGCAUUCAGCCCUACUUCCAUUCUUCCUUCAACUGCUUUGAUUGUGUGGUGAUCGUUGGCAGCAUCUUUGAGGUGAUUUGGGCCACCAUAAAGCCCGGAACAUCUUUCGGGAUCAGCGUUUUGCGAGCACUAAGACUUCUAAGAAUCUUCAAGGUCACCAAGUACUGGGCUCCUCUGCGCAACCUGGUGGUGUCUCUGCUCAACUCCAUGAAGUCCAUCGUCAGCUUGCUCUUCCUCCUCUUCCUCUUCAUCGUAGUAUUCGCCCUGCUGGGCAUGCAACUCUUUGGCGGACAGUUCAAUUUUGAGGAUGGAACGCCACCCACCAACUUUGACACUUUUGCGGCAGCUAUCAUGACGGUUUUUCAGAUCCUUACGGGAGAGGACUGGAACAUGGUCAUGUAUGACGGCAUCGAGUCUCAGGGUGGCGUCAACGACAAGGGAAUGGUCUUCUCCAUUUUCUUCAUCGUUCUCACCCUGUUUGGCAACUACACGCUACUUAACGUCUUCUUGGCAAUCGCCGUGGACAACCUUGCCAAUGCGCAGGAGCUCACUAAGGAUGAGGAGGAGCAAGAGGAGGCAGCCAAUCAGAAGACGGCGUUACAGAAGGCCAAGGAGGUGGCUGAGGUCAGCCCACUUUCAGCCGCCAACCUCUCCAUUGCUGCUAAGGAACAGCAGAGGAAUCAUGCCAAGGCAGGCGGCAAGUCAGUGUGGGAGCAGCGUACCAGCGAGAUCCGCCGGCAGAAUCUGAUGACCAGUCGAGAGGCACUCUACAAUGAGUUGGAGCAGGAUGACUGGAAGGUGGGAGGCGAGGGAGAGGAGGUGUCGUACCCGCGGAAAGGCCGCGGUGACAUAAUGACCCACUUGGACCGCCCCCUCGUGGUCAACCCACAGGACAACCGCAACAAUAAUACCAACAAGACGCCUCCUGGCCAGCUACCCCUUGACCAGGAGUACCGACGGCAGGACCUUGACCACAGUCACCGAUCUGCGCACCACCACCAUCAUCAUCACCACCAUCACCACCACCACCAUCACCACCGCCAGAGGGCCGAUGCAUCGGAACCGCUAGGCCAGGAACAAACAGUGACGGGGGAUGAUGUGGGCCCAGAGGCUGGAAACCAGGAAGGACAGCCGGCAGAGGAAAGGCACGGGCAUAGAAACCACAGGCACCGGCACAGGAACAGGGAGGACCGGGAGGCUUGUAGCGCGUCCCCUCGCCAUGCCACUACCACCGAGGGAAACAACGAGCACUGCAGGGCCAGGCAUCACCGCAAGGCCGCCAGGGAUGGCGAACCCAGUAGGAGACACAGGUCCAAGGGAGCCGAAGCGGAUGGCGACAAGGGCGACGAUGGGGAGGGUCGGAAGACCAGGCGGCAUCGUCAUGCCAACCAGGAGAGAAGCAGAGGACAUUGUUCCAGAAAAGAACACCAUAGCGCGGGGCCCAGCCUGUCCACUGCACGGCCCAUUCAACAACACAACGAGGACCUGGACAACUUGCGCAACAACAGCAAGUUGGCAAGUCAACCAUAUGACCUGCCGCCACCUGACGACCCAUACCAGGUCAACAACCUGCUGAACUGCUGCGACGCUGACACCCACACCCUCCUGCACAGCAUGGACAGCCUGAUCCUGAGCAGCAUGGCCAAACCUGACUACACCAGCAUAGACAUGCCGCCUGUCUACCCUUACCCCACAACCAAUGCCAUCCUGCAAGUAAACAAGAAUGCAAACACGGACCAGAAGAAGAACGAAGAGAAGAAAGGGGACAAUGACGAUGAGGGCGAUGAGGAUGGACCCAAGCCUAUGCCUCCCUACAGCUCUUGCUUCAUUUUGUCUACCACCAACCCCUUCAGAAAGUGCUGCCACUACAUCCUCACCCUCAAAUACUUCGAAUUCAGCAUCCUGUCCGUCAUUGCCAUGAGUAGUAUUGCGCUAGCAGCAGAAGAUCCCGUGUCUCCAGACUCUCCCCAAAAUAAUGUGCUGCGCUACUUUGACUAUGUGUUUACUGGUGUCUUCACUUUCGAAAUGCUCAUCAAGAUGGUGGUGCUGGGCCUGUUUCUCCACCAAGGCUCUUACUUCCGUGACCUGUGGAACAUUCUGGACUUUAUAGUGGUUACUGGUGCUCUGGUGGCCUUCGCCUUCACGGGAAGUAGUAAGGGCAAAGACAUCAGUACUAUUAAGUCCCUUCGAGUGCUACGCGUUCUGCGACCUCUCAAGACAAUCAAAAGACUCCCCAAGCUCAAGGCCGUUUUUGACUGCGUGGUGAACUCGCUGAAGAACGUUUUGAACAUUUUGAUCGUUUACAUGCUCUUCAUGUUCAUCUUUGCUGUGGUGGCCGUUCAGUUGUUCAAGGGUCGAUUCUUCUUUUGCACAGACGUGUCAAAAGAGUUUGAGCGCGACUGCAGAGGUGAAUUUUUGGUGUACGAGAAGGAUGAGGUUAGAGCUCAGAAGCGGGAGUGGAAAAAGUACAAUUUUCACUACGACAACGUGGCUUGGGCCCUGCUCACCCUCUUCACUGUCUCUACUGGAGAAGGGUGGCCACAGGUUUUAAAGGCCUCCGUGGACUCCACUUUUGAAAACCAGGGCCCGAGCCCAGGUUACCGAAUGGAGAUGUCUAUCUUUUAUGUGGUUUACUUUGUCGUCUUUCCGUUUUUCUUCGUCAACAUCUUUGUGGCGCUCAUCAUCAUCACCUUCCAGGAACAGGGGGAUAAGAUGAUGGAGGACUACAGUUUAGAAAAGAACGAGAGAGCAUGUAUCGAUUUCGCCAUCAAUGCCAAGCCCCUGACGCGCCACAUGCCCAAGAACAAGCUAAGCUUCCAGUAUCGCAUGUGGCAAUUUGUAGUGUCACCCCCCUUCGAAUACAGCAUCAUGGCUCUCAUCGCGCUCAACACCAUCGUCCUCAUGAUGAAGUUUGACGGCGCCUCGGCGACAUACGACGAUGUCCUGAAGAAUCUCAACAUCGUCUUCACUACUUUCUUCUUCAUGGAGUCCAUCCUGAAGAUCAUCGCUUUUGGCCCUUUGAAUUACUUCAGAGAUGCCUGGAACAUUUUUGACUUUGUCUCUGUGCUGGGCAGCAUCACUGACAUUUUGGUGACAGAAUUAGGGAACAAUUUCAUCAACUUGAGCUUUCUGCGCCUAUUCCGCGCCGCUCGCCUCAUCAAGCUACUACGUCAAGGCGAGACCAUUCGCAUCCUGCUGUGGACCUUCGUGCAGUCCUUCAAGGCUUUGCCGUAUGUGUGCUUGCUCAUUGCCAUGCUCUUCUUCAUCUACGCCAUCAUUGGCAUGCAGUUGUUUGGAAACUUGUCACUGGAGCAGGAGGGUGAAACUGCAAUCGACCACCACAACAACUUCAGAACCUUCGUCAUGGCUCUCAUGCUGCUUUUCAGGAGCGCCACUGGCGAAGCCUGGCAUGAAAUUAUGCUGUCAUGUCUGGGAGGAAAAGAGUGCGACCCGGCCUCAGGCAACACAGAGCCCGAAUGUGGCAGCACCUUCGCGUAUACCUAUUUUGUGUCCUUCAUCUUCCUGUGUUCCUUUCUGAUGCUCAAUCUGUUUGUGGCUGUCAUCAUGGACAACUUUGAGUACCUGACCAGGGACUCAUCCAUUCUGGGGCCGCACCACUUGGACGAGUACGUAAGGAUUUGGGCCGAGUACGACCCUGCUGCCUGCGGGCGCAUACAUUAUAAGGAUAUGUACAGUUUAUUGCGAGUUAUCUCCCCUCCCUUGGGCCUUGGCAAGAAAUGCCCGCAUAGGGUGGCCUGCAAGAGGCUGCUUCGUAUGGACCUGCCCGUGGCCGACGACAAUACGGUCCACUUCAACUCCACGCUAAUGGCGCUCAUCCGGACAGCCCUGGAUAUCAAGAUCGCCAAGGGCGGUGCAGACAAGCAGCAAAUGGAUGCCGAGCUACGUAAGGAGAUGAUGGCCAUUUGGCCUAACCUGUCGCAGAAGACAUUGGACUUGCUGGUCACGCCUCACAAGGCAGCCACAGACUUGACGGUGGGCAAAAUCUACGCUGCCAUGAUGAUCAUGGAAUACUACCGACAAAGCAAGAGCAAAAAGCUUCAAGACAUGAGGGAGGAACAGCCAAUGUGGUCAUGCAGUAAACCCUUGGAGAACCGACCACCAUUAAUGUUUCAGCGAAUGGAAGCACCACCAGAAGGCGAUGGUACCGACGGUCUUGGGGGGCUGAACAGCCUCCCUGGCACGCAACCCGACAAUGUCAACAGCAUACCUUCUGAAGGCGGUGGCAUGACCGAGAGCCAGUCGUGGAUGACCACCAAGGCCCAGGAAAUGUUCCAAAAGACGGGUAACUGGAGCCCUGACAGACCAUACCCUGACGACCUCCACGACAACCGCCACAACCCGCAGACGGUAGAGAUGCGGGAGAUGGGGCGGGACGGGUACUCCGACACCGAGCCCUGUCACCCAAUGGAUGGGCACGGGCGCACCCUCUCCAUGCCCCGCCUCUCAGCAGACAACCAACGGAGAAGACACAGGCCUCGCGGAAAUAACCUGAGUACCAUCACAGACACUAGUCCAAUGCGGCGCUCUACCUCCAGCUUGGUCCACGGACGCUCGGGCCGUGGCGUCAGGCUAGACGAUUACUCCCUGGAGAGGGUGGUGGCUGAAGAUGGGCGGCACGGGGCCGGGGGUCGCCGGCACAGGGACCGAAGCCACAGGACCUCACAGCGAUCCCUCACAAGAUACACAGACGCAGACACGGGCCUGGGCACAGAUCUGAGUACCACCACACAGUCCGGCGACCUGCCUCCCAAGGAGCGCGAGCGGGACCGGGGCAGGACCAAAGACCGUCGUCACCACCACCACCAUCACCAUCACCAUGGCUCCAUGGACAAAGAUCGCUUUGACCGACACGAGUUAGCUCAUCGACACUCACAUGACAGACACUGGUCACGUUCACCCAGUGAAGGUCCAGACGGACGGGGCCACAGGCAGGGCAGUAGUUCAGUGAGCGGCAGUCCUGUCCCCUCGACUUCGGGGACCAGCACUCCACGAAGAGGCCGCCGCCAGCUGCCCCAGACCCCUGCCGUCCCUCGUCCUCAUGUCACCUACUCCCCAGCUGUCCGUAAGCCCACCUACGGCCCCCCGGGAUCAGGCCGCCUGCGCUCGCCCUCACCACGGCACUUCUCGCCGCCAGACCACGACAGGGGCUACCACCACCGGCCCCCGUCCCGUCAAGCCUCUCCGCACCAUGGGGGUUCCUCGUCAAGGCAUGGGUCGCCCCGUUCCCCCAGGCACCAGUCCCCCCGCUCACCCAUCCACGGUUCACCGCGGUCCCCACACCGAGGCCGCUGGAGUGGACCUCCACUGGGAGACAGUCUGGAAGGGGAUGGGCCCUUUUACGAGCGUGACUACGAGUAUGAGCGGCACCACGAGCCCCCUGCGUAUGAGCAAAGUCUUUCCCAUGGCAACCCCCACCCUCACACUGGUAACCCGCAUCCCCGCUCGCCAAGGACUGCCCGUCAUGGGCCCCCUCUGCCACCCCCACAUCCACGCCGGGUGCCCAAUGGCUACCGAUCAUCCUCACCUUCUCCACAUCGAAGGGGCCCUCCCGGGGCACCUCACCCGCACCACCGGCCCCCUCAUGCCCGCGGACCCCGUAAAGGCCUGCAUGAACCUUACAGUGAGACAGACGAGGAUGACUGGUGCUAGCGACGGAAUCAGGGCAGAAACACAAGGAGGUAAGCGUCGACCUCCAGAGUUCUGGCCUUGCAUAUGUAGACUUGAAGGGAACGGGGAGAUCUAGGCAUCCUCCCGAGGACUCUGCCUUCAGCGCCUGAAAUCUGUGAGUGAGAGUGCAGAGCAAAGAGGGCGACGGUGCUUCAAAUAGACUGGUUAACGGAAGGUGAAUAAGGCCAUCAGAGCUAUGCUUGCCAGAAUUCUCUCCUGGGAAGCCAAACUGCCGGCGGAAACGUGGAACAUCUGAUUUUAACAAAGGGUCCUGAUAAAAGGGUUGGCCAGGUUUCUGAGGCAAAAAUUGCUACUCGCAAUUGGUCGAAUCCUUCUUCUUCAGGUGACUCUCUGACCAGUCUGCUUCUAGAGAACUCUGUAAGUGGGUCCUGCUGCUUCUACUCACGUUUUAAGGGACACGAGUCACUAAAAAGCCAGAGCCUCUCCCUAACUAAACCCUUACAUGCCAAGCUUUGCCUCCAGGAAAAAUAACACUAAAGAACAAAACUUAUUGAGGAGAAAAAAAGGGAGAAAAACCACUUGAUCUUUAUCUUUUUUUUUCCAAGGACAAAACCAGGAAGCUCCGCCUAUUCUGCAAAAACCAGCCAAUCCAGCGCCGGCUGAUAUUUGAUGAGUUUUAUCAUCUCUGUUUACUGUUAGACUCUCUCCGUGCUGGUAUUAAAUCACUUCCUGUUUGGUAGGGGGAUGCCGAGCGCUGUUUAAGCCCCGCCCGAACGUAGCCUGACAGGAAAUGACAUCACGCAGUUAAAAGGGCGGAGAAGAGGAAAGAAAGAACAGACAAAUUUCUUCAGUAUUUCUUCUCUUGAUUACUUCUUGUUCUUCUUCUUCUUGGAAAUUGAAAGCUCGGUUCUUCUGUUUGCGUUCGCUCCUUUGACCCAUUUGGAUGGAAACCUGCAUGAUUGAUUCAACACAUACUAGAGAGGAACCCCAUGUUUUGGGACUGUGGGGGUGGGGGGAUUGGGAAACUUUGCAUUUACGUUUACAAAAUGAAGCUCUCUUCUCUUUUUCACUCUUUUCUCUCUUGCAAUUGCUUGGCACUCCAAAGGAAAAUAUCUGUUGGGAUUUGGCACAUAUUGGAGGUUAAGUAGGAUUGAUUCUGGUAUUCUGGGGUGCUGGCAAAGAGGGAGACAGAGUGGAGGGAAGCGAACUUCUGUCAUCUGGUAUUUAGUAUUGUUCAUGAUGAUAGUCUUGAUAAAAAUGUCAAUGCUGAAUGACAAUGAUGUUGAUGAUUGUUAGCGCUGUUGCUUUAGAGUUGUCAUGUUAAUGAUAUCCCUUCAAGUAUGCCAAGUCCGUCCUGUUUACAUCUCUAAAGUCAGGGGUGUCCAAACCUUUUCCCAAAGGUCGAAGGACCACUUUGAAUUCUUUGCAUCAAAUUUAUCAGUUUAGGUAAAGAUGUGCGAAAAAUAUAUAUAUAUAUACAGUAUAUAUAUAUUAUUUUAUAUGUACAGGAUUAUAUUUAUAUUAUUUUAUAUUUAAAAAAAGUUUGGUGAUGAAGAAAAAAAGUCAAUGAUUUUUCUGAAUAUUUUGGUGGAGUGCAGCCCUGUAUCCCACUUACAUAGCAUUUUCAACAUUCAGAAUCUAAACAAGCGCAAUAUGAGCUAAACUGAACAUUUGUCAAAAGGUAGUGUGAACAGUCCUUAUCCUCCGUACAAUAUGAAUACAUUUUUGUUGCCCUCUCUCUCUCUAUAUAUAUAUUUAAGUAAAUAUAUAGGACAAAAUUCUUCUGGUUCUACACUUCUCCUGCCUUGCCUCUAAGUGUAGUGGGUAAAGUAUAACAAUUUACGAAAACACAAAUUGUAAAUUUUACGAUAUUUUGCCGGCUGCUAAAAAAAAAAAAAAAGCAUGGUAGGCCUAAUGGUCUCUGAGCCAUAGUUUGGACACCCCUGCCUUACGUUGACGAUCACGGGUUCCGAGAAGGCGACAUUUCAGGCUGGCUCAGGGAGGAGGUCCGGGACUUCUUUUGUUUCACGUCCACCAAAAGAGAAGCGGUUGUAAAAGGCAGUAAACGGUGGGUGAUGAGUCUUGCAUCCAUCUUUUUCGUAGCGUUCUAGGCAAACUGAGCAGCACAACCGCCCAAUUUAGAACUCCAUAUUGGUCCCAUCCCCCUGUAAGGACAUGUAGACCACUUCUGGUCCCCUCUGUGCCAAUGCUGACCUCCUCUGCCCAAGCCCUCCUCUCAGGUCUGGACUAGGUACCAGGUACCACUUAAGGUUGUAGCACAGCCGAGUCCUCCUCUGCCAAAAAACAGGAUUAGUAUUCAGCAGCCCAGUUUCGUCGCCACUCGGUUUCCCUUGGACAUGGUGUUACAUGACACCUUUCUUUUGGUUGUCAUUUAUAUGGAAUAUUCUAAAACCAGAUGAUCAACUAGUAUAGAUGAUUUCCUGAAUUUAGGUAUGAUAACUGUAGCCGUAGUUCUCAAUAGCUUUUUGAUCCGGUUACCGCUCUUGAACUUGCACUCAUGCAGAUCCUAGAUCUCCCCAGUACACUUAGCCCACAUCCUUUGACUCUAUGCAGACCUUAUGAGCGUCCGCGCGAUUUCCGCAGGAACUGUUAGACCCGAUCCCUGACGGAAUACAACAAAGGGGUGACGGUCAGCACCACUUGCACACUUUGCCCACUGCGAGCCCCCCUACAUCCGCCCCCCUUCCCCACCAUGCUCCUUGCCCAACAUCCGUUGCCUCAAAGGCUAACAUGUAGAGCACAGACUUGUUCUAGAAAGUGAAAGCGCACAAACUGGAACCCUGUCUGCAGUUACUUCCCCCUGUAUCCCAGACCCUGACAGAGCCGCAGUGCCUUCUGUAUCCGAGUAACAUUAGUCAACCGCCACCCACCCCGCCCGCUGUAAUAGUGAAAAUCAACAACACUACGCCUUAAAAGUCCCACUGGCUCCUUUGCAAUGGUCUUGGCAACGGGCCCACGAGAGGGGCAGCGCAGAUGUCGUUCGUAAUGGAAGCCAACCCUAGCGAGGUCCAGAACAGGGUAACCACCCUGUCAUUUUGAGCCCUCCUCAAUGAAAGUAGAAGGAUUUCCCUAUUCCCCUCUGAAAAUCUGCAAUUGACCUUUCGCAAAAGCUCCACCCUUAGUUACAGUUGCGAAGUCGACAAGCUCCGUGAGUUCAGAUGUAUACUGGAGUGAUUUAAGUGAUUUAUUUUGGAGCAAUACCAGUGCAUUAUCCUCCGGAUUGAGGCAAAAGUAUUUACAUUAUGCAACGGAAGGUUAAAUUGAAAAUUUGUUGCAAGCUAUCGAGGCAUACAGCAUCAGCUUCAACAGUUAGAGCAAAGCAAAGGGUUGGGAUACUAAGGUGUCCUUUCACAAAAUGUUACAUGAAAAGUCACUUAUCAGCAUGCUAUGUUGACAAAGCAUCGCUUUAAUAUGAGCUUACACAUAGAACAGACAGCGAACAAAGACAUGAAUUUAACUAGCUUCAGCUAAUGAAACGGCUAUACUUUGACGUUUUAGCGAUGACAUCCUAGUAAAGAUGUAGUACUUGAAACUAACUACAACUUUGAUAUCCACUUUUAAGAAACUUAUUGCCGCUACUAAAGCAUUUUAGGCAAGACAGCUCGCUAGUUAGACUCUGGCGUUAGCUUAAUCUUAAAGUCUGUAGGCUAUGCGUAUUUAUUUUGGAGACAUUUAGCUGGGAGUGACACCGUACGUCCCAAUUGUUUAAUGAAUUGGAAUCCAGUUGUUUUUUUCUUAUCAAUUUUGGGAAACCGUAUUUAUACUGAUAUAUUCCUGGGAUACCUCGUGUCGUGCCCGAUAUUCCAUAGGCGCAUCGCUUCAGCAUUAUGGACCUCCGCAGAAUAUUGAUCCUUUUCGUCUUCCAAAAUGUUUUUGGGCAGUUGGCGCUCUCAACACCACCAAAUAAAUCAAGUAGACCAUGGGGCAUCCAAGAGUUUUCUCAGACAUACUCCCUUAACGAUAGUCUCUCGGACAUAUGAUGGGUUAAUGGGAAAGAGAGUUUGCGAAAGGUCAAUUGGUAUGCAGCAAAAAGGUUUGUAGUUGCCUAAAUAUGCCACAAGACGGCAGUAAAGUACGACUUUUCUAUUGCAAAGGGCAUCAGCAAGUCUAGUAGAAACUCCUUCUGGCGUCAAUGCACUUUUUUACCAUAGAGGGCUUUGGCUUGAGCACAUAAACUGCAAAUAUAUAAGACCCUUAAUAAAUCAUUGAGGAUAGAUUUUUUUUAAAUCAGCUUAUAGUAGGUAAAGUUGCAAGAAUUGAAUCACAACUUUCCAGGGGAACACUGUAAGAUCUCAAGGUUACCAAUUUCCAACCCAACAACAUUUAGUUAUUUUUACCAAAUACAACUUUUCCUCUUGAAAAAAAAGCAAAUUUAUUCUUGUAAAAUGUUUCUGUGAGAAUUUUCAGUUAUCGUAAUAUGACUUUAUUUCUGGAAUACAGGCAACUUUUUAAUUCCUAUGAUAUUCAGGGUUACACAUAGUACAGUUGUAUCUCGAUUCACAAUUUUCAUUUCUGCUGUGAAUGAGCCUGUUACUCAAUUUACUUAUAUCUCAAAUUCUAAGCGAGAAACGGGAUACUGAGCGAAUGUUGUGGUGGCAAAGCUGAAUCAUGCUCGCACAGUACCUCGCGUUUAAACUCGUUAACACGGCAUCUUGACCAAAAAAAUCACGCUGUUCUUCAGUGGAAAUACAGUUUGAGUAAAAAAACAACUGUUUAAAGUAAAAGUACUCAGUCACCUUAUACAUGUAAAUCACUUUUUGUCCUUUUUUCGAAAAUUGUCAAUAAUGCUUGACAGUAUUGAGUAAA